CAGUCCUUCACCAUGUUGCUUCUACUGCUCUUGUUUCAGCAGGCAACGGCGGACCUACCGCAAGCUCCCAGCAUCAUAAAGAACAUCACAUCGUGCCCCGACGUCGGCUACUUCUUCCAGCGCGAAGUAGUUCCAAAUGCGAUAGACCUUGGACCCUGUCUGCUCUGCUUCUGCAGGGAUCAAUCUGCUGUGUGUUGGAGACGGGAGAGGAGCCGCUGUGAUACGAGCAGUUAUAAGCAUUAUGGUAUAAGAGAAACGAGAGUCAAACGAAGUCCUGCUUUCACUGAUAUUUUCUUCCGAGAUGCUGCAAGAGACAUUUUCGACAAGCGAAUUUCGGAACAAUGCAAGCCAUAUGAGUCGAGUUUCAGUGAAGGAUGUCCGCCAGCGGAUUGGUGCAUUGGCUGCACAGUGUGUGACUGUGACGCAAAUGGCCGAUGGGAUUGUCACAUAUUGAGUUUCUGUCCCAAUAAAAAAGGCAAUAAACAAGAAACCAAACAGAAAGCACCAUCAAGAAAAAGGAUUGUCAAGAGGAAUGAUAAAGGUAUCGGGAAAACGGGGUGGACGAAAAAGGCACCGAAUGUGAAAAGCACCAAACCUCUAAAGAAACCUAAAAAUAAACCACCAUCAAAAAAGCCUCCCGUAAAGAAGCCAAACGCAAGAAAAAACAACACGAAAAUAAAUAAAACUAAGAAAAUGCCUUCUAUUAAUAAAACACAAAGAAAACCGAAAAAGCCAACAAAUACUAAACCUGCUAACAAAAAGUUUAUGAAUAAAAAGCCGUCUCCACAAGAAUUAUCAAAAAAAUCCUAUCGAAGCGCUCUACAGAAUGUAAAACAUAAAAAUGAUACAUACAAGUUAGCGGAGGCAAUUGUAAAAAGAGUUAUGUCUAAAGUGGACAAAAUAAUGUCUGAUAAUAAAAUGAAAAAUCAAAAUGCAGCUAAAGGUAAAGUAGUUCAAAAACGUUCAAUGCAAAAACAUUAUCAUAAGAAACCAACGCAAGCAAAAUCCAAAAAUGCUAAACAAAAGAAGACUGUGAAGAAAGUGAACAAAAAGCCGUGGAAUAAGAAAGUAACAUUGAAAAAGCAAACAGGGAAGCCAACCAAGGGAAAGAGACAAAAGAGGAGCGUUACACUAUCGGAAAAUAUCUACAAUAUUGAUGUGCCUACACCAGCGCCUAAUGAAUCAAACAACUUCACAGAAAUAAAAUUAAUGGAAGAUGUGCAUCUUAAUUCAACCACAUUAUCGUCUCAACCAAUAAAUUAUUACAGAUAUGAAAUCCAUACCGAUGAAAAAACAUUGAAAAGUACCAUGAGUACUACAUACGAUGGAAAUGAGAUUAUAGAAGAUAACAAUACUGAUGUACAGACUAAUUUUAACGGUGUAACAUGUACAAAAGGUAAUAAUAACACUAAAAUUGGCAUGCAUUUGAUAAAAUCCUUAGCUUCAACGUAUAACAAAACUUUUUAUGAUGGAUGGGAAGAUCACAAUGAAAUAUUAACAAAACAACAAAUGAAACAUUCAAAAUAUAAAAAUCAGGAAUUCAUUCAUAAAUCCCAGAACAUCGCUAAGAAAAUUAAUUCAACGUCUUAUUGUAGAUUUAAAAAGAUCUUUAAAGACUUUUUCUUCGCUCUACAUUCAAAUAAUACCGAAGAAGUUAAAGCAAAAGUAAAGAAAAUCAAUAUAAUGUCAGUUUUAAAAAAUUUGUUGAGAACAAUUUUCGAUAAGAAGAAAAGUCGAAGCAAGAAAUAUAUAAAAGGACCUUCACAACAAAAAAAUAUUCUUAAUGCACUAUGUAAAAACUUCGGUGCUUGCCAUCCCAAUUUAAAAGAUAAAACAUUGAAAACAAAAUUGAAACAUUUAAAACAGGAGACUUAUGAUAUUCUAAAGAUUGUUAGAAGUAUCAAAGGGUUGUUAUAUUUAUUGAAUAACAACAAAAAUGUUACUUUAAAUACACGACAAAAGAAUGAUAUUGAGAAAUUGAAGGCCAUUUUAAGGGAAAAUUACUUGAUAGAUCCCUCUCUUUUUAAUGUAACGGAGACGCAACGCGUUCAAGUUGAUUAUAUAAAGCAAAAUGCUCAGGAAUUUGUAAAGUCACUUGAAAAGUUUGCCUUAACACUGAGUGAUGUCCUGAAUAUAAUAGAAAAGCAAAGUAAGUCUAAGAAUAAAAAUUAUAUCAGGUCAUCAAGAUGUACCAAAAAUUUAACAAAACAAGACAGUGCUCAAACCACUGAUGAUAAAAUAAAUAGAUUAAAGAAAUUGUUGCUGAGUUAUAAUUUGGUUCAGAAUAGGUUCAUGUCCAAAAUGUAUAAUGCUUUAUUAAGUUUACAAGGUAACGUGAACAGCACAGAUAUCAAACCGAGAGAAACAAAAGUUAAUAAUUCUACUCUCGAUGCUUAUUCUGAAAGAGUUAUUAAAAAUCUAAGAAAGCUUAUGAAUUUAAGCCAGAGAUUGAAUCCUAAGAAACGGUUUAAAAGAGAAGCAAUGGGAGAUGAAGACGCUAUUGAAUAUUUGUUAAUGCUCAUGGAAUAUUUACUGAAGCAGAAUAAGCCUGUAGAUGCGACUCCAGUAAAUGAUGGAAUUGAUUUAUUGUUAGAAGCCAUCAAAAAUGCACCUGAUAUAAAACCUAUAAAGUAUAUAAGACAGAAUGUUGUCAAAUUUAAACCUGUGCGACCAAGUCCUACGCGAACCACGGAGUCGUUAGAAAAUGAUUCGAGAACUUUAAAUACGGUUGAAAAUAAAAUCAUGAAUGGCGAAGACAAUCUUUUGAAGACAAUUGAAUCAUUUGGUCAUGAGGAAAGUAUGAAAUUUAUUAAGAUUGACAAGCAUGUUACACCUGCUUAUGAUUCAAAUGUAAAUAUUCAUAAUGCAAGGAAAUUUAAUACAAAAGAAGAAGAAACAAGUGACUCGGUUCCUGUAUACAUAAGCACCAAGCAAGAUUCAGCGCACAAAGGAGAUGAAUUCGAAGAUAAAUUAAUAAAGAGCAAAUACGAUAUUUACAAUGCCGAUGCCGAAGAAGAGUAUGAUGACAUAAAAGAAGAUAAAGAUGAAAUUAAAACAACACUUGACACUAAUACAAAAUACGACAGAUUUCAAAUUAGUCCAAAGCUGGACUGGGUUGAAGAUAAAAUGGAUCAGGAGCUCAAAAUGUCCUCUCCAGUUACAGAAUCAACAACGAAGUUAACUACUGAAGCUCGUCGGACACACAAGGCUCGACUUGUUACCCGAACAAGUAAAAAACGCAUGGACAAAUACGCAAACCCAGUUAGUAGUAUGUCUAGUGAAGAAAUCGAUACAAAAAAGCAAAAUAAAAAGAGCACAAAUGAUAGAGUGAAGCCAAUGGACCUUUUUAAUUCGUUAGAUUAUAAUACAGAGAAAAUGGAGAUCGAGUCUGAUUCUAAGGAAGAUAAAAAUGAUGCUUUCUCUGAUUUCGUAUAA